ACAUGCUUCUAUAAGGUAGAGAAACUGUUUCCGAUAUACCGAAAACAACAAGAAUCUAACACCACCUUAAUGAAAAAAAUUGUGUGGACCAAACACUUCCUACUUUAGCCAUACAUAACUGUUCAAGUUUUCUCAAAGCAGUCCACACAAUGACUGCAAUGGCUACAAUGGCUGCAAUGGCUUCUGCCAUUACUACUUCAACUUCAAGAAUUCAUUAUCCUUUACCUUUGUUAUCAAUGACACAAUCAUUCAGUAGUACUACAACAUGUUCAUUCAUUUCUCCAUUUCAUUCAUCUUCUUCGUUGACUUCAUUGACUUGGAAGAAGGCUAGAGGGAGGGAUAUUGGGUAUAGAAACUGUUCAAGAUUGAAGAUAAGUUGUGCGGGAUUAAUGGAGAUUAAGGAGGAUGAGUUUUCUGAGGUUGUUUUGAAGUCUGAUCUUCCAGUACUUGUGGAGUUUGUAGCUACUUGGUGUGGACCUUGUCGUUUGAUUGGUCCUGCUAUGGAAUCCCUUGCUGAGG